CAUUCAAGGCAAUGGCUUUCUCUUGCGUCACAAGAGACCUAAUUUCAGUUCUUGCCCUUCUUCUUCUAUCAUUUACCCCUUUCUCGUCAUCUUUUUCUCCGAGGGACAAAGUCACAAUAGGAGUGCUUGCCCAACUCUGCGCAAAACCGCCAAUCUACGACCAUUUCUGCGCCGGUUGGCUAGCCCCUGAUCCAGAAACUUUCAACCUCGACAUAAGUGGUCUUGUCGACUUGGUCCUCCAAAAGACGCAGUUGUUUGCCUAUAAGAAUCUUGCCAUGAUGAAAGGCUUAGUGAGAACCACAAAUGAUCCGAGGCUCAAGGCCCCAUAUGCGACCUGUGUGACAGGUUAUGAGUCAGCCAUUAAAGCCAUCGAGGGAGCUCAAACGUUUGCGACCUCUAAAUCGUACAAGCUAGCAUCUCAAGCAGCUUCUAAAUCCUUUGAUAGUAUAUCUUCUUGUGAAGCUGAUCUUAAAGGACAACAAAAUGUGCCUGCUUAUGUUCUUCAACGCAAUUUGAUGUACGGAAGAAUGUGUACCGUUGAUUCAGUUUUCUCCAGCGUUUUAAGUUCUUGA